AAGAAAAAAGAGAGAAAGCGAAAACAACCAACAAAUUAACCCUAAAAACUCGAACGGAUUCUCUAGCUUCUACUCUUUUCUCUCUCUCUCUCUCUCUCUCUCUCUCUCGCUCUUCCUUCUCACCGUGCGAACAUUGGGACCUUCUAUCCGGAUUUGUUUAGGGUUUUAGCCCCUCGAUUGGAGUAAAUUUCAGGAAUUUCGAUUAGGGUUCUCGUCUUUCCCUUGAUAGUUUCAGGGGCUUGUCGAUAUUCGAAGUCUUCCGAGGAGUUUAGAAGAAUCGAAACUUGAUGGAUGACUGGGAAGAUGAGCCUAUUCCAGAUCUUCUCAAGAAAAAGGAACAGCCCAAGAAUAACUGGGAUGACGAAGAUUUGGAUGAUAAUGAUGUGAAGGAUUCCUGGGAAGAUGAAGACGAGCCUGCUCCGGCACCUAAACCUGAGCCGCUGCCACCUGAAAAGGGCCCUAAGAAGGCUGGAGGAAAAUCAGGUGAAAAGAAAGGGAAAGCUGUUGAAGCGUCGAAAGAGGCACCUUUAGAUCCUAUAGAAGAAAAACUUCGCCAGCAGAGGCUUGUUGAAGAAGCUGAUUAUAAAUCUACUGCAGAAUUGUUUGCCAAGAAGGGUGAUGAAAAGACUCUUGAUAAUUUUAUUCCCAAAACGGAAAGCGACUUUGCAGAAUAUGCAGAACUUGUUUCUCAUAAACUUCGGCCAUAUGAGAAAAGCUAUCACUAUAUUGGGUUACUGAAGGCUGUAAUGAGAUUAUCAUUGACGUCUUUGAAAGGUGCAGAUGCUAAAGAAGUAGCCUCUUCUGUUACUGCAAUUGCAAAUGAAAAGAUAAAGGCAGAAAAAGAAGCUAAUGCUGGCAAGAAGAAGACAGUUGGAAAGAAAAAACAACUGCAUGUUGGCAAGCCAGACGACGACGUGGUUGCUGAUACAUACGAUGAUUUUGAUGAAUAUGAUUUCAUGUGAGCAGAGGCAUGAUUUCCAUCUCGGCAUGUGUUAUAUACCAUUCUGAAUACUACACACUCUUGAAGAGUCAGCAAAUACGAAGAGAAUUCUGCCAGCUUGUUUUCUCUCCUUAAUUGGGGGAUGGAAUGUGUAAUAUUGUCUUUUCAUAAGAACAUUCUUCUUUUUCGGCGAUUGUUCUGUGUUUCUCACUGGUCAGAGUUUACAUUAUUCUUUUUUGCCUUUGAGCUUAUCGGUACCUCAUAUUUGUGGAUCAUCAGAUGGAGUACAAGUAGUUCAUUAUUUUGGCUAGAACCCUCACCAUACCUGGAGAGUGCAGCCAGAUACAUGUUAAACUUUCAAGAUAUCGAACUGUGUCUCCAACAGGAAAAAAAAUAUUCAGUACAGUCACCGGCAAUCACAUUCAAGCAUA